CCGGCGGGGCCGGCGGGGGGCAUCCCACAGCCGGAGCCAGCGGCGAGCCGAGCCGACCGCCAGCAUGCCCAAGUGUCCCCGCUGCCAGAAGGAGGUCUACUUCGCCGAGAAGGUGACUUCUCUGGGGAAGGACUGGCACCGGCCCUGCUUGAGAUGCGAGAAGUGUAACAAGACCCUGACAUCUGGAGGCCAUGCAGAGCACGAUGGCAAGCCGUACUGCAACCACCCCUGCUACGCCGCCUUGUUCGGGCCCAAAGGGUUCGGCCGGGGAGGAGCCGAGAGCCACACGUUCAAGUAAACCUCAGGUCUGACGGCCAGGGUUCCCAGCACAGCCCGAAGACAGCACCAAGGCACCGCGACAGACAUGCAUUUUUUUGUUUUUAAUUCACUCUCUCUACUAGAUUAGCACGUUAAAAAGCGACAAGUAACCGAGGCUGGGGCUGGUGUGGAAAGGGGCUCUGCUCCAGAUGGAGCACUGCUGGGGUGGGGGCGUUGGGAUGCCCUGCCGGAUAGGAAAUUUGGCCGGUAUCGCUGAAGGCCGCCUGGAGAGGAGACCGCACCCUUCCAGCCAAAACCCAGCCCUGCUUUUGGCACCCGGCUCUUGUGGCUGGGCCCACAGUUGUAUUCUCAGUCUUUAAUAAACCCAGACCGAAAGAUGCUUCCCCCA